AUGUCAUUUACAAAUGCUUUGAAUAAUAAUACGCAACUUUUAAAUCAGCAGCAAGAUCCAAAUGAAUCGUCUAUAAAAAAUAAAAGUUCAAGUAAGAUUAAAAAUUUAUUGUACUCACAAUUAGAAAGCUUUUCUACAUAUUUACAAACAAAUCGAACCAUAUACGAAAGUACCAAAUUUUCAAUUCCAAAUCGCUACGAAGUCGUUGAGGUAUUAGGAAAAGGUUCAUAUGGUAUAGUAUGUUCUGUUCGAGAUAAAUCAAAUUCAAAUCCAGAAACACUUCUAGCAAUAAAAAAGAUAACUAAUAUCUUUCAGAGGGAAAUUUUACUCAAACGUGCAAUAAGAGAAUUGAAAUUCUUGAAAUUCUUCAGAGGUCAUAAAAAUAUCAUCAAUCUUAUUGACUUAGAGAUAUUGUAUUCGGAAAAUAACCCUCAAUACAAUGGUUUAUAUUGUUAUCAAGAAUUAAUUGAUUAUGAUUUGGCCAAAAUCAUUCAUUCAAACGUUUCAUUGACUGAGUUUCACAUAAAAUAUUUCUUCUAUCAAAUAUUAUGUGGCUUAAAAUAUAUUCAUAGUGCAGAAGUGAUUCACAGAGACUUGAAACCUGGUAAUAUACUUGUGACGUUGAAUGGCUGUCUCAAGAUAUGCGAUUUUGGUCUGGCCAGAGGUAUCUCCAAUCAAUUUCAAUUGAAGCAAGAGAAUAAAAAGACGAAACCAAUUACAAACUAUGUUGCAACAAGGUGGUAUCGAGCUCCCGAACUGAUUUUAUCCCAAAAUACAUACACGAAGGCAAUUGACCUCUGGGCGAUUGGUUGUAUCUUAGCAGAAUUCUACACAAGAAAGCCAAUUUUUAUGGGAAACGAUUCAAUACAUCAAACAUUCGAAAUAAUCAAAGUUCUAGGAUUCCCUCCUACCCACUUGUUGGUGAAAUUUAAUUCAUUAAAAUCGUUAAAUCUUCUGAAAAAUAAAACAAUGACACCAGGAAAGAAAAUACCCUGGUCAACUUAUCUUCCCUUUGCUUCAAACGAUGCUUGGGACUUAUUAGACCAUCUAUUGACCUGGGAACCAGAACUGAGAUAUACCGCUGCGGAAGCCAUUGAGCACAGGUUCGUGCAGUCGGUAAGAACCUUACAAGAUGAACCUGAAUGCUAUAAUGGACCAUUCAAUUUUUCAUAUGAGGGAAAUCUUGAUUCUAUGGCUAAACUCAGAGAGUACUUGAUCGGGGAAGUAACCGAGUUUAAAAAGUCUGAAACGAUAUAA